AUGGGGCCAGCAGCAAAAAGGAGAAAGGUGGCCAGCAAAGUCGAAGAAGUUACCUUCGACGCUGCCGAUCGCCAGCAGUUUCUCACAGGCUUUCGCAAGCGCAAACAACAACGCAUUAAACAUGCACAAGAGGUGGCCGAGCAGAAGGCCCGUGAAUUGAAGCGUGAGGAGCGCAAAAGGAUUCGCGAAGAGCGAACCGCAGAUUUCCAGCGCGCUAUCGAGGAACACAAAAAGCAACUCAAGAGGUUGAAGGAAGAGGACAGUGAUGAGGACAACUCGAGUUCGGGAAGUGGUGAUGAAGACGACCAGGAAUGGGAAGGGUUCGAAGAACCCCCAGCCGUGGAUUAUGAGGCUGAAUACAUAGACGAAGACAAGUACACGACGGUGACAGUGGAAGAAAUGGAUCCUUCCAGAGAAGGCCUACUGCGAUCGGCAGGCAAUGAGUCGGACGACGAGGAAGAGGAGCAGACGGAGACGAAACCUGCGCCGGACACCAAAUCAACCGCGGCCGGCGAGAAGACGAAAAAGAAGACCGAUAACAAGCCCAAAAAGAAGAAGAAGAAGUUCCGCUACGAGUCUAAAGAGGAACGCAAGCUUACGAGGGUGAAGGAGCGCGCGGCGAAAUCGAGGAAAGCACAGGCUCGACGAGACCGCUCAUAA